UCAGUUACAAACGCCUUUUCCUCAUUUUGCGCACCACAAAAGCGGAAAGCGACCACAGAGCCCCAGCACAAAGAGAUUGCCUGCGACAACCCAAGCCAGCCAAGUCUGAAGCCAAAAAUCCAACUCGAAAUCAACUUCAAACCGAAAAAUCCUACUUAAAACCUACACAAAAAAAAAAAUAGCCAAGCCAGGAGCCCCCCAAAAGGAGUCGUCCUGCAAAACAUCCUUUCCACAGUGCAAGCUCGCCAUUUUGUGUUUUUUCGAAAAAAGAAAAGUUUUUAAGAGCCAUAGGCCGGAAGAUUCUGCAUUAAAUAUAUACACAUACGUAUUUAUAUUUCCAUUUUCCCCGUGCGUAUACGUAAUCUGCGUCGAAGUCAGUUCAUUCUGUCCAUGAUUUACAAAUAUAUUUAUACAUAUUAGCCACUGAGAGAAUCGGGAAGUGCAAAGUGCAAGUGUGCAGUUCAGUAUUAUUUACAAAGCGUGAAAUUUACACAAAAAUAUUCUGCUCAAGAACUCACUACUCCAAGUAGUCCAAGGAUUCCAGUCUCUCAGCGCAACAAUUGUCAGCGAAAAUUCCUACGAAUCUUAGCCAACUAAGAACUCAAAGUAAAACCAGAAAAAAACAAACAACUAAAAAGGGUUAAAAACUCUCAAAGCAAAAAAAAAAAACAAAUAUUUAAGAAAUAUUAAAGAAAUCUUCAAAGUGAACACCAAAGCAAAGAUCUACAGUAUUAUUUUACUAAACAAAAUAUUUAAAGAACUCUAAGCGAUAAGUAGAGACAAUAAAGUUAAAAUAAAAAAUCCAAAUUAAAUUUGUGACUCUAGCUUAAAAGUAAAAACAUAUAAAAUUUAGCUUAAUUGUGAGUGAAAAAGAUUUAGCAAAUUGCCAUAAAAGAAAAACCAAAAAUUAGUUGAAAAAGCUUAGCUUGAAUAAACAAAAACCAAACAAAAAUUGUGUCUAUUGAUGUGUGUGCUUAAGUAACCGCAAUUAUAAAAAUAAAAUAAAUAAAUUAAAUUUCAACUUUAAUAAGUGUUCAGUGUUUAGCCAAUAUAAAAAUCGCAUAACUAACUAGUCAAUGUUCUAACUAAAAAUCAAUAAGAAAACUCAAAAAGGCAGACAAGGCUCAGACAGUCGCAAAUAGGAAAAAGGGAAAACGGAAAAUCCAGGGGAAAACGACGAGGAAAGCCGAGGAAAUCAAUUUACAAUCAAACCUGCUCACCAAUAGCCAUUAAAAUUGCGUCAAUCAAGAGAAAAACCUCGCCAUUGCCCGCAGCAACAUCGAAGCUAGCCAAUUUCAGCCAACAGGACUUUCAGGAGCAGCAGGAGCAGUCCGGCGAAUUUAAGGCAGCAGCUGUAAGCCAAUUGGUGGCAACAGUUGUGCAGACAACAACAGCAGUAGCAACAGCAACAGCAGCAGCAGCGGCGGCAGGAGCAACAUCAACAGCAGGAGCAGCAGCGGCAGCGACACCCACAGGAGCAACAUCCGCAGUAGCAACACCAACAGGCGCUACAUUUCCUAAGGCCAACUCCUUGAGUCAGCAGCAACCACCACCACCGCCGCCGCCGCCACCAGCAACACCACCACCCCCGCAGGAAACCGCAGCAGCAGCAGCAACAACAAGUGUUGCCGGGACAACAGCAGCAACACCAGCUACGCUAGCAACCAUCAGGGCUAGCAAAACCACAGGCAGGACAAGCAGCAACAGCAGCAGCGACAGCAGCAGCAACAACAGCAGCAACAUCAACAACAGCGGCAACAGCAACAACAGCAGCGGCAGCAACACCGGCAGCAGCAAUACCUGCAACAGCAGCAGCAACACCAGCACCACCACGACGCUGUACACGUGCUCCAGCGCCUCCUCGUCGCUGAUUGCCCAGCCGCCGCCAACGAAGAUAUUUAAGACGGAUCACCAUCUGUGCGCCGCCUACGGACUGCCGACCGCCACCGCCGCCGCUGCUGUUGGUGGGCAUCCCUGCGUCUACUGCGUGAUACCUGUGCCCGUGGGGAGCUCGUCUAGCGCCGCCGCCGCACCGCCAACACCGCGCAGCGCCUUCCCCGGCGCCCCGCUCACCGCCUCAGCCGUCGCACUCAAGGGCGCCCUCCCCCAGCGGCCACCGGCCAUGACAAGUCCCGCAGCCGCUGCCGCUGGCGCCGCUCUGGCCGCCGGUGCUCCGUACCGCGGCGCCGCCAGCUGGACCCCGCAGGGUUAUGCCCCGGCCGCUGCCGCAGCCGCCGCCGCUGUUGCCCAGCAGGCAGCCUAUCGCUACACGGCGCCGCUGCCCCAGCCGGCAUAUGCCGCCUACACGCCGCACACGGCCACCACACCGGCCACAACCACGGUAAGUUUUCUAAACCAACCUGUGGACUAUUAUUGGUACGGUCAGCGAGUGCCGACGGCAGCCUCACCGAGCAACACCAACUCGAGCAGCUCCUCGAACACCGGCUCCCAGAGCGGCACGCUGAGCACCAGCCUGAGCAACACGACGAACACCAACACGAACAUGGGUCCCAACGGCACGGUACAGAAUCAAAACCAACAGGGCGGCGAGCAGUUGUCCAAGACAAAUCUCUACAUUCGCGGACUGCAGCAGGGCACAACCGACAAGGAUCUAGUUAAUAUGUGUGCACAAUACGGAACAAUUAUAUCAACCAAGGCUAUUUUAGAUAAAACAACAAACAAAUGUAAAGGUUACGGCUUCGUCGACUUCGAGCAGCCAGCCUUCGCCGAGUGCGCCGUAAAAGGAUUGCAGGGGAAGGGCGUGCAAGCUCAGAUGGCCAAAGUGGGUAUCUGGGUGCUUCAUAGGCCGGCCAUUCAACAGGAACAGGAUCCCACAAAUUUGUAUAUUGCAAAUUUGCCGCCCCACUUCAAAGAAACUGAUCUGGAGGCAAUGCUAUCGAAAUACGGACAAGUUGUUUCGACCAGAAUAUUGCGUGAUCAGCAGAUGAACUCCAAGGGCGUUGGCUUUGCCCGCAUGGAGAGUCGCGAGAAGUGCGAGCAAAUCAUUCAGAUGUUCAAUGGUAACACAAUACCGGGUGCCAAAGAUCCCCUGCUGGUUAAGUUCGCCGAUGGCGGACCCAAAAAGAAGAAUCUCUUCAAGACUCCCGAUCCGAAUGCGCGUGCGUGGCGCGACGUCUCCGCGGAGGGGAUUCCCGUGGCCUACGAUCCCUCGAUGCAGCAGAAUGGCGUUAGCGUGAACGUGGGCACACCCAUCGGAGUGCCCUACUCCCGAUUCAGCGCCCCCCAGGUGGGUGGCUAUCCAGUGGCCGGCUCCCAGUGGAUACCCGGUUACAUGAUGACCCAGCCGAUCACUCAGGUAGAUGAUCAGUACAUGCAGAUGGCAGCCGCCCCACAGCUGGGUGUGACCUCAUACAAACCGGAGGCAGUGAACCAGGUGCAGCCCCGUGGCAUCUCGAUGAUGGUUAGCGGCGAUACGGGCGUGCCAUAUGGAACGAUGAUGCCCCAGUUGGCCACCCUGCAGAUUGGCAACUCUAACUUUUCUCCAUCGUUACAGUAUAUUAGUCCAACUUAUCCAUAUUAUGCACCACCACCAACUAUUAUACCAACAAUGCCAAUGACAGAUUCCGAACAGGCUAGCACAGCUGCAUCACCAGACGAGGCAUACACACAGUAUCCACAUCAAGCCGCUCCCAAAUAGGUCUUCGCGAGCUAUAAUAUAUUAGUACCCCAUUUGAGUACUAUAUAAAUUAGACGAGAGUGAGAGCAUGCCAGGUGGAAGCGGAACAGCCAAGGAGGAUGGAGAAUCAAGAGGAGAAACAUAAAAGCAGCGGAUCGGAUAAAGGAGUCUACAACAACCACCACACGAACAAGAACUAGAAGAAACUACUGAGACAACAACAUCGGCAGAAGAAUCGGAAACACAGCAUGCAGUUCACGAAAAUAAAUCUAGAGAAAAGCCAUCCCCCCAAAAAAAGAAGGGGGAAUCCCAGAAAGCUGAGGCAGAGAAAAAAAUAAUGUAUAAAAUAAGGAGGUUGGAUGUGAGGAUGAAGUUUAGGGGAUACAUGAAUACAAUGUAAGCGAUGCGUAGGGAAAAGCCGGUCUCCGAAGAGACGAGCGCAGAAGACGCGAGUAAAAAGUGAAGAAAAGCAAAGACUAAACUUAAAUAAUAGAGAAUAGUUAUACACUAAAUAAACAACCAGAGAUGCAACAGCAGAACGGCAACAAUUGCCAAACAACAGCGGCAAACGAGAGAAGAGCAGUCGAAAAUAUUUACAAAAAGAGAACUGCAGGAUGCGAGAAGAAAGCAAAGUCAAAGGAAACUCACUUGGGGGUCGUAAGAACUUGAGGAAAUCUGCUGAGCAAAAAGAAAAACCAUCGCAGAUUAGAGUUAAGUUAAUUUUGUUAAGCGCAAGAGGAAAAACAAUUGCAUGGGGGAAAACCGAUGGGAAGAGCGAUGUAAAAAUAGAAGAGAAGAAUUAAGAAAAACUAUUUUGCUAAUUUUGAGCUAGCAAAACCUAAGCAGACAGAAAAUUUGUGAAGUGAAAGCAGAGAAAAACCGAAACAGAAAAACAAAAAUAAAUGUGUGUGCAAUGUAUGUUAAAGAACCGUAAAGAAAAACAAAGCAAAUAAAAACCGAAACAAAACCCAUUUCGAUGAAGAUGAUAUAAACAAUGCAUAACUCUUAAGUCAAAGUGCAGCGGCAACAAAGAAACCCCCAGAAGAACGAAGAAAGCGCAAGAAUGUGCGAAAGAAAGCGAAACUUUUUUACCUUAGCGGCAACGUUUUCUUUGUUGUGGCCUGCUAAAGAAAAUUUUUACGAUGAAACUCAGACUCUACCUUUGUUUUGUUCUGUUUGUCUAAUUUGUAAUAUUUAUUUUGUAUUUUUGUUGAAACGUGUUGAACAGCACAAAGAACGGAAGCAGAGGAAAGCGUAGAUAGCCACAAAAAAGAAGGGAGAUCUUUGGUUUGUUUUCUCCUUUGUUGGUUUCUUGAACCAAACAUGCAAAUUGUAUAAAGCAAAGAUCCGAAAAAAAAAACAAAACAAAACCUAAAGAAAAGCAAAAAGAAAUGUCUAAUUCCCCCUUUUUGACAUUCGUUUUGUGCUAUCCAAGCAGUCAAAAAGAAGAAAAAUAAAUUAAAACAAAUGAAAUGAGAAGAAAAAGCCUUUGAAGCGGGCAAAAACCUAGUAUUAAGUCUUAGCAAAACAAAAAUAAGAAAAUUGCAGUAAGCAAAAACAGAUUUAGUAGUUCUAUAGAUCUAAAAGAAAGCAGAAGACGGGGAGAAUAAACAAAAGCUUACGAAGACCGAGAGCAGAAGGGAAAUCUUGUACUAGUUUUUAGCAUAUUUUUUGUGCUCAUCAGUCGAUUUAAUGAAUGAAUUUUUUGUAGCUGUCUACAGUUUUUUACGUUAACUGUUUUUUAGACAUAUUAAUGAAAAGAAAGUAAAACCAACAAAAACAACCUAGAUAUAGUAUAUUUUUUCUGCAGAUGACAAGUUGUUGGGCAGCAGAAAGCAGAGAAGAAUGGAGUUUGAUUAGCAUGGAAACCAAGAGGCAAACACUUUUUAAAAGGGAAUAGCGAAACAAACCGAGAGACGAACACACAAAAGUAGCAAAACACAGAAAAAGAAAAUAAAAUUUGAAACUGUAGAAUUGUAGUUUAGCUUUGUGAAGAAAGGCCGGCGAAGAAUGUAAUUUUUGAAGGAUCAGCAAGGAUCGAAAAGAAGAACAACAACAACGGCAGCAGCAGCAACAACUGGCACAGGCAGUAGCAGAAAUGUAUAACAAAAAACCAAGAAAAUUAAUGUUAAAUUGAAAAUGAAAACAAAAUGAUGAAUUAAGAAAGAAGAGAACUACGUUUAGUGAACCUAGUUAAUAAGCAAAGAUUUCUUUAGUCUUGUAAGCGUCUCUUAAGUAGAGUUGAAGAACGGAGGUCGGAGUUUAGAAUUGAAAUGUAACCUUUUUCAAAGCCUAGCAUAUUUAUUUUUCCGAGACACACACACACACUGACACAACACACACACACUGACACACAAACACCGACAAGGACACAACACCUAUCAAGCCUAAGCAUUGUAUUUGUGAUUUUUUCGAAUGUUAAUUGAUUAACGAAACACGAUGAGCAAAAUAAGAGAAACAAGGGAAACAUCAAGUGGGCGGCUGUGGGUGGGAGAAAGUUUGGCGAUGAGAAGAGAGAGAGAGAGACACGUUUUUGAGAAUCUCCGUUUUGAGCAAGGACACCCUCACACACCACAAACAACAUUCCUGAGCAAAGUCUUUGAUUUGAUUUUGAUAUAUAUAUGUAUGCGUUGAUACGAUGAUUUGAUUUUCGAGUUUAGAGUUGUCGAGUCGCCUAACUGAACUAUCUACAUAUAUAUACAUUAUAUAUAUAUAUACAUAUAUAAAAACGUAAGAAACACAACGCCAAAAGUCUUCCUAAGCCUAAAACCAAAACAACAACAAAAUGCAAAUAUUUUUUUUUUCAUUUUUGUCAUAUUACGAUUAUUUGCUUUAGACUGACUACGAACUGAAACUGUAACAAUAACAACAAAUGCAGGAUUGUAAACCCUAAAAAUGAAACGUUUAUACACCUAGACUCACCUCCUAAAGUUAAUAAUGCAGGCAUCGGAGUAAUAUCUAUAUUUUGCCAAGACAUUCCAAAGCGAAAAAAGCCAACAGAGCGAAAUUGUUUAAAGAGAAAAUUCACGCGAGAUGCCUGCAUUUGUUGUCCUAUACAAGAAGAAUCACAAAUACAAGAACCACUCAUUGGGAGGAUAUUUUUGAAAGAUUUUCAAUCCUGUUUUCCUCGAUACAACUACUACUACAAACACACGCCCACGCACACGCAUACAACUCCCCAAAAAAAAACUCUCACACAAAGUGCAAUUUUCUUUCUGUAGUUUUCAUUGAUUUUACUUUGUUAGCAGCAAAAACCACUUAAGCAAAUUGAGAAAGCAUUAAACUCUAAGUUAUUUAUAAAUCGACGGAAGAAACGAGAAGAGCUGGGGGCGUGUCUUAUCGCCCCCUCCCUAGGAAAGUGAAAAUGAAAUUUAUGUUUUAGAGAACGGGAAUGAAAUGGAGUCGAGAAGGCGGGAGAAGAAACCUAGUAUAUAAGAUCAAAGCCUAGUGCGUAAGUCUAGAGAAUCUAAGUACAGUGUUGACAAGCAAAGAAGAACGCAGAAGCGGAAACGAGUAGCGUAGAGCGAGGCAAGAACAGUAGCAAGAAAGACGGAGACGAGUAGGACAUAUGAUUUCUAGUUGGUAGCGAAAGGAGAAAGAAUAGUUGGUUAGUUGGAGGCAACACACGUAGAAAGUUGUAGUUUUUGUGUAGUUAGAGCGACAGUGUUGGAAAACGCCGAGUCGCACAGUUUGAGGUUAGGUUUAAUUUUUGAAAAAUGAAAAACAGAAAUAAAAGAAAAUGGAUGAAAGGAUAAAAGCAAGGACGCUGGAGAGGGUAAACAAUAAAAUCAACCGACGAGGAGUGUUCUAAUCUAAAGCUAUACUGACUUUGUGUGUGUAUUUAAAUCUACUUUGACAAGAAACCAAACUUGGAACUCGUUUGUUUUGCGUCUGUAUUUUGUUUUAAUUUAAUGCGUUUUACUUUAGUUUUUUAACUAAUUUUAAGUAGUUAAUUUAUUAUUUGUCUUAAAAUCGCCGAGACCCUAACCAAGAUUCAAGAUUGCUUGGGUUUCUCGCCCCUGAUUGAAUGAGAACCUCUACCACGAGGAGCGAAUCGAUUAAAUUUGAUGCAAGUGUUGAAGUAAUUUUUAAAAUGCAAACAAAAAAAUGUCUAGUGCGUAAAAUUGAAAACUAAAAACAACAAAAAUUUCAAUAAAAACUAAAAAAAAACAAAAAUAAAUAAAUACCUUUGGUUUUGAGUGCGUUUUCCUUCGUUUAGUUUUGCGUUAUCCUUCGAUGUGAUUUCUUAGUAGUAAAAUGUUUGCGAUAUGAAUUACCAGUAAGCUUAUUCACCCCCACACCAAAUAGUUUCCAAUACGAACUCCUAAAUUAAUUGAACCCCCCACUAAAUUGAAUUGUGUUUUAAACAGGAGGCAAACUUAGUCGUCUUAGUCGUUGUUUAGGGGCGGGCAGAGCAGAACGUGAGAGGCGAGCGGGAGAAAUAAAUAAACAUUUUUUAAUUAAGCCAAUUUAAGGAAAUGAUGAAUAUAUAUUUUUUUGAAAACUUUUUUGACGAAACCAAGAAUAUAAACAAAACAAACAAAAAACCGAAAAACAAAAUGAAAACACGUAAAAGUGAGAGAGCGCGGAGCCAGAGGAAAUGUACGCUAGCAAAUCGAUGGGACAGGCAGGAUGGUUGGGAAAAACAAGCUCAUUAUAUUUAAAAAAUAAAUAAGAAAGUUUCGAGAGGAGUGGUUGGAGGGAAAGUAGUUGGGAGAAAGUGAGGGAAAGGAACAAAACACGACGACAAAGGCGUAAACUAACUUUAAGUAAACGUAAAAUGCAAGCAGCUAAUUAAACUUAGAAACAGAAAUACUUAAAUGAGAGUAAUGUACAUUUCGCUUGUUGCUAUUUUUAAGUUUUAAAUCAAAGUCUUUUAAAGAACUUUAUUCAUUUUCUUAUUAACAAUGAUAAAAACCAAAAACCACAAAAAAAUCAAGCCAAGCAAAUGCGCAAACUGGUAAAAUUAAAUCAGAAGAAAAAAAAACAACUACAUCUCUCUUUGUAAUCCUCCAGAAUAAAAAAAAAGAAACUGAAGGAAAUAUCGAUCGAAAGCAUGAGGAAUCCUUUUCAACUCUCUGUGUAUUUUUUAAAUGUAUUAUUUUUUGCAUCAAUGUGUGACGCUUUUAAGCAUUUUUAUAUGGCGAAGAAUUGUAUUUAAAUCUCUAGAAAAAGCUAAAAACGAACACGAAAACCAAAAACUCUAAAACUGACAAUUGACAAGAAAAAAUGCGAGAAAGCGAAAUCUUUGCUACAACUUUCAAAUUUAUACGCGUACUUUUUGUGCCCUCAACUUUAAUGCAAAAGAUCGUUCAUGAAGGCAAACCGAAUUGGAGAUCAAGAGAUAAUAGUUAAAAAACCAAAAAUAAAAAUGAAGAAAAACGUUUAAAAUGAGAAAUUAGUUUAAGCAAAACAUUUUGCAGCUUUUGUGCUUAUUUCGCUUAAGACUAGUUGAACAAGAAAAAUAAAAAAAAAGCAAAAAAAAAAAACA